UGUGUGAGUAUGCGUGUCGGCAACGUGUCAGUUGCAUUUGUUGACAAUUUUUGCUAGGUCCAUUUGGGGUGAGUUGUGGAAGCAGAUAUCCAGUUACAGCUGUUGGAUAUUCUUCAGCAGUUUUUACAACACAUUCCCAAGCACUAGAAUAAUCAUAUCUUGUGUUAGAUACACGUAUAAUUUAUACAAAUUAGACAAAACCUCACAGAGCGAUGGCAGUAUCGAAGGUUACCUUUAAGAUUACACUCACAUCCGAUCCGAAGUUGCCUUUCAAGGUGUUAAGCGUACCGGAAGCGACACCCUUCACGGCGGUUCUAAAGUUUGCCGCAGAAGAGUUUAAAGUGCCACCAGCAACGAGUGCCAUCAUUACGGACGAUGGUAUUGGUAUUAAUCCGCAGCAAACCGCCGGUACCGUGUUCCUCAAGCAUGGUUCCGAACUGCGGUUAAUUCCCCGGGAUCGUGUCGGAAGCUGUUGAAUGACCUGCUUGCAAGAGAGGUAUUGGUUUCUUUCGCUGCUCUUGACGUAAUUAUGUGAUACGCAACACAACAUCCGCGCGUCCGCUCUGUGCGAAAGCAUUUUUAUUAAUUGUUAUUCUGCUUUUUUUUCUUCAUUUGCUGUGUCGAUUGAAAUAAAUAUUUUUCUUCAUAA